GAGACUUCCUGUUUGGUGUGGCCAUAUUAUCCACAUAAAUACGUAGGAUAUGAUAUAUGAUCGUUUAACAAACAAAAAGGUAUAAACCAUGAUAGAGCCUUGUAACUUAUGGUUUUAAAAGGAUGUAUUCAAAGUGCAAUUAGAUGAAAUGAGUUUUAUAAUAGUUGGAUUUAUUUUGAUGCCAUACCUAAUUAUGAUAAAAUGUGAUAUAUGCUCAACGACAAUUGGUUUUGAAUGCCACGAUUCAUCAAUGACAGUAUUUGUUAAAAACAGUUCCGUGCAAGUUUUUAUAGAACCUGUUUCAUCAGAUAAUAAUUCUAUAUAUGUGAGCGAUAAUUACACCGUACCAAAAGAAUAUAUUGAACCAGUGAAGUUAUUCAGUGGCUAUAUGGUAAAGGCUAUGAUUAAUAAAACAGCAACAGUUGAUUGUUACCUGAUUUGCAAGAAUAAAUCUAAGAACAUAAAUAGCAAUUUGCAGUUUUCCUACCCUUUGGCAAUACAGCGAAAUGAAGUUGGGGGUGUAGAUAUGAGACUAAGAGAAAAUCGUGACGAGUCCAGCUCCGAAAUUUCACAUGCUUAUCUGGGUGAUAUUGUGUAUAUGUUUAUAAAAUAUACUGGAAAAACGAAUUACACCAUAAUGCCGACAAGCUGUACUGCUUAUUCAGGGAGCAUUAUACAAUCGGCAAAAUACCUCAAACCUUUGUGGGAUAUACAUAGUUGCAAUUCAUCAACGACCAAUUAUUUUUCCCCGAUUGAACGUAAAGAUGCACAAACAGUUUUUGCGAGAAUUAAAGUCUUCACAUUUGGAAACUCAACUGAUGUGACAUUUGCAUGCCACGUUCGGAUCUGUAGCGCAUGCACUCUCGGCGAAAGCUGUAGCAGUAUUAAAAUGAAAAGAAAAGGUCACAAGUUCAAUCAAGAACUUACUCCAGGAAGAACUCUGAAGAUAGCUAAAAGGCCUUUGGAGAAACAAAGAUCUGCAGGUCAACGUAUUUCACAUAAUUCCUCAGUCUGUUUGUACGUCUUAGUCACAUGGUCAUUGUUGAUGUUCUUAGAAUAACUUUGAAGAUUCCAGUGGCAAUAGAUAUAUCAAGCGUGAUAACUUAUUUGAAUACCUUUUAUACAUUUGCAUUGAAUUAUUAAAAAUUU